AUGGGGGCCAUCAUUCCCAACUCCGAGAGGUUUCCCGGGGGACCAGACCGCGUUUCAACAUUGGGCGCCUCUGCCCAACAUGCGUUUACUACGGAGUCCUCUCCGAACGACCCGUAUGUCUAUCAAGUUGGAUUUGGGAACAGGUUUUCUUCCGAAGCCAUCCCUGGGACUCUGCCUCGGUCAUGUAAUGUACCACAGAAAGUGAAGUACAAUCUCUAUUCUGAACAGCUCAACGGUUCGACGUUCGUUGCCUCCAGAGCCAACAUUCAAAAUGCCUGGUUUUAUCGUAUCUUCCCGUCUGUGGCCCACGGAGAUCUCACAAAAUUGUCACGAAACCCAGAUAUCGAGUCAAGAUUCACUUCUGGAAACGACAAAGUUGAGUUUGUUCCCGGUGGACUUUGUUGGAGAGCAUUUCCCGUACCGAAAAGCGAAGGGCCAGCCAUCGACUUCGUCCAGGGGCUCAAGACGAUAGUUGGGCACGGCGAUCCGACAACCAAGGACGGGUUGGCUGUGCAUGUGUACGCCGCAAAUUCUUCAAUGAAAAAACGCGCAUUCUGCAGCAAUGACGGCGACAUGCUUUUCGUGCCUCAAACCGGCAGGCUAGACAUCCAGACAGAAUUUGGGAGGAUGAUGGUACGACCUGGCGAGCUGGCGGUGAUCCAAAGUGGCAUCCGCUUCAAGGUCGAGUUGCCGGAUGGCCCGGCACGGGGUUACGUCCAAGAGAUAUUCGGAGGCCGGUACGAGCUGCCAGAACUUGGUCCGCUCGGAAGCAACGGGAUGGCUCUGCCUCGCGAUUUCGAAUUUCCCGUCGCCUCCUUUGAUAUGGAUACGUCAGAGUGGGAAAUCGUGUAUAAAGUGGCCGGGAAGCUGUGGUCCUGCAAACAGAAUCACACGCCCUUUGACGUGGUUGCAUGGGAUGGCAACCUGACGCCGUCUGAAAGUUAUGUACCCUUCAAAUAUGCCGCCGAGAAGUUUGUCAACGCCGCCUUUGUGGAUAAGGACCAAGCCGAUCCUAGUUUGUACACCGUCUUGACGGUAAAGUCCAAGAUGCCCGGCGUACCCGCAACAGACGUCAUGUUCUUCACGCCAAAGUGGUCUUCGGCAACAAAUACCUUUCGGCCUCCCUAUUACCAUCGAAACAUGGCGACGGAGGUAGUGGGUAUCGUAUACGGCGGCUACAAAGGCACCAGUCGCAACUUGGAAGCUGGUGGCCUGAGUUUCCAAUCUAGCUUCAUGCCUCAUGGAGAAACCCAUGAGGCGUUUUUGCAGGCCACCACCAACGAAUUAAAGGCCCAACGCAUUGGAGAAGGAUAUCUCGGAUUCAUGUUCCAGAUAAGCACUCAUUGUGCGGUAACACAAUACGCCUUGGAAAGAAGCGGGGUGCUGGAAGUACCGCCGGCGUCUCUCUGGGAUUCGAUGGAAGGACACUUUCUCGAACACGCCGAAGAGGUGAAUGGCGACCUGCGAAGACGGGGACUGCCGACUCUCAUGGCCACUCUGGGCCAUUGA